AUGUCGACGUACAGAGAGGCAAAGCAGAUAUUCAAAGAUUUGAAUAUGAAUUUACGUGAAUUUCUUUCAAAUGACAAGGAUUUUCUGCAGCAAAUUCCACAAAAGGACAAGGCAUCAAAUACGUUAAACAACCUCACUUCUAUCACAAAUAUAACUAUACUCUCGGACUCAGAAAUCGCCCUCAAUUGGAUACGGUCUAACGAGGCACACAAUUCAGCAGGGGUGUUGGUGAAAAACCGCAUGAAGGAAAUACGCCGAAUAGUGGAAAAUAUACCAACACCUGUACAAUUUGGAUACAUAGGCACUGAUCAAAACGCCGCUGAUUGCGCCACAAGAGGACUAAACAAAAUCGAACUAAAAGACCACAUAUGGUGGAAAGGACCAGCAUUCAUUAGGGAACCACACUCACAAAAUGAUCAACGCCUUUUUACGUUAGAGCAAAAACGUAUACAAAAGGCACAGGUAUCCACAACUACAACAAUAGCCACUACACCCGUCGAAGAAUUGCUGGGCUGGAAGCGAUUCAAUAGACUUGGAAGAGCAAAAAGAACGAUCACAUAUGUCCUCAGAUUCAUCAGCAGAUCCGGCUCCAAGCUACCGAAGAAACUGCGCAGCCGAAUAUACAAGAACAUCCCGGAGCUCCAGGCAAUGUCAACAGAAACAUACGUUACGGCCAUAGAGCAAGAAGCAGCCUUACGAGUUUUGAUACGAAACCACCAAACAGUUUACCUUUCUUCACAAUCGAUGAAAGAUUACAAGCAUUUGAAACCAUAUCAGGAUGAAUGGGGACUCAUUCGGUGCAAAGGCAGAUUAAAUAAAGCAGACCUGCCACGUGAAACUCAGCAACCUAUUCUAAUCUGCUCAAAAACAGCACUAGCAGAAUUAAUAGUUGUUGAGGCACAUCUCCCAUUCCAUAAUGCAACAAGCCAUACCAUAGCCAAGGCACGUGAAAGAUUCUGGAUGACAAGCAUAAGGCAAAUUGCUAAGAAAGUCAUAAGACGAUGCCUACCUUGUCAAAAGAUGAACAGUCUCCCUUACAAUUAUCCGUCGAUGGACGACCUGCCGGAAAGAAAAGUGAGAAGAUCGCGACCGUUCGAGCAUGUAGGUGUGGACUAUUUCGGACCACUAACAGCGAAGAAUAGUGAGGGAACGACAAAUGUCUACGGCAUCAUCAUAACAUGUGCGACAACCAGACUACUUCAUUUAGAACUCGUAAAGAACGUGACGACGAAUGACUUCCUGCUAGCUUUAAGGCGAUUUUUCGCUAGACGAGGAGUGCCCAAAACUAUCACAUCUGAUAAUGCAUCUAAUUUCCUACUGAGCGAGCAAAUUCUGCAAGACACAGUUCUUCCCGUUAGUAAAGACUCGUCACUAGCAAGUACAAUGGCAACGAGAGGAGUAACAUGGAGGACAAUUACGCCGUAUGCUCCGUGGCAGGGAGGAUUUUACGAGCGUCUCAUAAAGUCAGUUAAGUACUCUCUAUACAAAGUAUUGCAAAAGACGAUCCCAACAACGGAAGAAUUGGAAACACUGUUGGUAGAAAUAGAGGGAAAUCUUAACAGUCGACCCCUCACAUACCAAGAAGAAGGCCCCGACAACUUCGUUGCCUUGCGACCAAUAGACUUUAUCCAGCGUGACAUGAUAAUAACAUAUCCAUUUGAAUUCAGCAGAGAAGAGGAAGGUGAUAAAACGUAUCUUCCACAUCAAGAAGCAGUAUUACUACGCACGCGAAAGGAAGUGCAGGAUGCCCUCGCAUCAAGUCAUGAAAUGACAGAACAUUACUGGAACGUCUGGAGCCGUGAAUACUUGAAAGGUCUCCGAGAAACUCACAAACUCAAUAUAAAUAACAAACGAGGCACUCGAACGAACCCAACCAUAGGGACGGUUGUACUAAUUCAAGAUCCAGCUUUGCCACGAAACGCGUGGAGAACGGCGCGCAUAAUCGAUUUGAAGCAAACAGAAACGGGUACAAUCCGAGAAGCACAACUCAAGCUACAGAGCGGACGUAUCAUAAGAAGACCAAUUAACUUACUAAUUCCGCUUGAGCUGGAAGACAGUCCGGCAGAGAAACGGUCCGGCACAAAUGAUGAAACGGAGUCGCCG